AUGUACUAUUGUGUAUCUAGACUACAGUUUGAUGAGUUACUUACAAUGAUUGCCAAGAAUAUUGCUAAGAUUGAUACUAAUUUUCGAAAAGCUAUAUCGCCAGAAGAAAGAUUGACUAUUUGUUUGAGGUUUUUGGCAACAGGAGACUCCUACAAAACAAUUGGAUACAAUUAUAGAGUGGGUGACAGAUCAGUUUUUAGGAUUGUAGAAAACGUCUGCCAAGCAGUUUGGAAUCAUUUACAACCAAUUUACAUGUGUUUGCCGACUGAAAGAGAAUGGAAAGAAGUUGCUGAAAAUUUUAUGCUGAAAUGGCAAUUCCCCAACUAUGUUGGAGCAGUCGACGGCAAGCAUAUUUCCAUAAAAUGCCCACCUCAUUCAGCUUUUGAUGAAGCAAGUGCUGAAGACGGAUCAGUUAUACGAUCAGUGAGACAACUACAUGACAGUGUACGAGCAACAAGAGAAGCAUUCCAUAUGGCAGUCGCAAAAGAGUCAGUGACAUUAGAGUCUCUCUUGGAAUGGGAACCUGAUAGUUCGGAAGACGGGGAGAUUUUAGAGAGAGUGAAAAGGUUGGCAGAAUUGUAUCUACCUGAUGGAUGGCGCCAGUGGAAAGUCGUUACUCAUUCUAGAGCGGAGCUAUUGGAUGAAGUUACUGAUUCCCAGAUCUUAAACAAAAAUAGAUUCAGUCUGCCUACGGUGGAGCUUGCUAGAGCUUUUUGUCCAGAUUGUACCUCGCUUCCGGAAAAAGCAUAUAAAGACAUCAAAAUUAAAAUGCUUGAAUGGCCUUUUUGUGUGGGGCUUAUUAUUGGACCGUCCGCACGUCCUCUUAUUCUAGCACCGUCCAUUGGUGCUAGAAUAAGAGGCUCUGCUGUACAAAAUGAAUUAAUCGUAGCCUCACUUACUGAACUCAAGCCUCUCUUGCUAAGUCGAAAAGACGCUUCAAAAGAGCUUGCUGACAGCGACGAUGUUGGUGAGUUAACGACAUUUCAUUCUUCAUCAUCUAAGUCAAAGAAGUUGUCAAGAAUGGACAAGUUGGAACAAGAGUUUGGUGAUAUGAAGGACAUGUUUUCCAACUUUAUGAAACGAUUUGAACCCAUCUCCGAUAAUGAGUCUGAGCCAGAAAAAUCCUACGCUUCGUUUAAAGAUGAACUUCGCAACAGUCAGUCUUUGCAUAAGUCGGAGACUGUUAAAUGGAAGGCGCCAGAUCUACCAUUAGAAGAGGAAGAAGAUGACGAUCCUGACUUUAUUCCGCAAACUAAGAAACAAUAA